AAACUAAACAGGAAUGAAAGAAAAGUGAAUCAUUUCUUCUUUAAAGCACCAUAAUAGCUAUUUAUACGUUUGUCGUACUAUGCAAUGAUUUAAAAGAAAUUUCGUUAAUGAUUCGAUGAACCUAGUGUUUUCCGAAGAUAAAUAUUUCGGCUUGAAAGAGUGAAUAUCGAGUCUAAAACCGCACCUCUUGCUGUUUAGUUAUUGUGUUGUUCCGCUAGUAUAAUCGUUAUGAAGAGCGUUUGUUGUAUUUAAGAUUUUCGGAUGUACUAAGCGUGGCUGCUCAAAAAUGAAGUUCCAUUUAGGCAGCCGCAUAUUUGCGUUUUUCAUUUUUCUCGGUUUCUCUUUGGCCAGAGAAGUUCCGUCGCCGCCCUUAAUUGUAAAACAACCCCCCACAGAUGAAGUAUUGUUUCAAGUAGAACAAAGCGGUGAAAACGACAAACCUUUUUAUAUCGAAUGCGAAGCUGAAGGUGAACCAGCACCGAAAUACUAUUGGAUAAAAAACGGUAAACCAUUCGAUUGGCAAGCGUACGAUGACCGUAUAUCUCAGCAAACAGGUCGUGGUACUUUGUCAAUUGCUAAACCUUCUGAGGUUGACAUUGGUCAGUACCAAUGUUUUGCGGAAAACCUGUACGGUAUAGCGACGUCGAAUUCCGUAUUUAUGAGAAAGGCCGAAUUAAAUUCGUUUAAGACUCAGCAACCCAUUUCGUUAACCGGUAACGAAGGGGAACCCUUUAAAUUGACCUGCGAACCACCUGAUGGUUGGCCCAAACCUAUCGUUCACUGGAUUUACUUCUACACCAAUGGGGCAUUUAAGACGAUCAACAGUUCACGGAUGACGUUGGAUCCAGAAGGGAACCUCUGGUUUUCGAAUUUGACCAAAGCCGACAAUACGAACGAUUUUAUGUACGCAUGCGCAGCUACAUCACCGACCAAAUACGAAUACAAGUAUGGAAAUAGAGUUUUGUUAAAUGUUGUGUCUACGGGGGUGUCAGCGUCACAAUACAAACACGAACCCGUACUGCAGUAUGUCACGAGGAAAAAUGAGGUGGCCUACAGAGGAAAAAGAGCUGAGCUUUUCUGCAUAUUUGGCGGGACGCCACUACCUCAAACAGUCUGGUCGAAAAACGGAAAGAUUCUACAAUCCUCCGAUCGUGUAACGCAAGGAAAUUACGGAAAAUCGCUAAUAAUUAAAGUGGUAGAUUUUGAAGACGAAGGAGCGUACACCUGCGAAGUUAGUAACGGCGUGGGCGAUGCGAAAUCUUACUCCAUAAACCUCAAAGUAUUAGCUGUACCCUAUUUCACUGCCGAACCACAAGUAGUGAACGCAGCGGAAGAUGAAACUGCCGAAUUCGAAUGCAAGGCUUCAGGCGUACCUGAACCGGAAAUUAAAUGGAUUCAUAACGGAAAACCGAUAUCUGAAGCGCCACAAAAUCCGCGGCGCAAAAUUUACAAAAAUAAAAUUGUUAUCGAACGAUUAGUUAAAGGCGAUACUGGGAAUUACGGCUGCAACGCCACUAAUUCCUUAGGCUACGUCUACAAAGACGUCUUCGUAAAUGUUAUAGCUCUGGCUCCUGAAAUUACCGAACCACCGAAAGAUACUGAUGCAGUUGAUAACCAGAAUAUUAACAUGACCUGUAAGGUCAUGGGUGCUCCAAAACCCAAUAUUAAAUGGAUUCAUAAUAAUAAAGAGCUUACUGGAGGAAGGUUCAAGGUGCAAGAAAGUGGCGACCUUCUAAUUAGUGAUGUUCAAUUUGACGACAAAGGCAACUAUACUUGUUACGCGGAAAAUAAACUCGGGAAAACAAGUGCCAAUGCCAAACUCGAUGUUAAAGCACACACGUAUAUUACCGAUGGCCCUGAGGACUACGAGGUGGAGUCUGGUACUCCUGCAACCUUUAGGUGCAACGCCGUAGCCGACGAAUCAUUAGACUUGGAUAUAAUAUGGCUUAAAAACGGGCAAGCAAUAGAUUUCGAAGCAGAACCGCGUUUCGUCAAGUCAUCGGAUUAUUCUCUCACCAUAACGAAAACUAUUGAGCUGGAUUCCGGCACUUAUACGUGUUUAGCCAAAACCGAUUUGGACGAAGCUUCCGCGCAGGCGCAGCUUAUAGUCCAAGACAUACCGAAUCCUCCCGGAGAUAUAUCGGUACAAUGCAACCCUAAAGACGCUACAAUUCAUUGGUCGCCUAAAGGCGACAAUCGAGCUCCGAUUUUACAUUAUAUCAUACAAUAUAAUACGAGCUUUACUCCGGAUUCGUGGGAAGUAGCGUACGACAGCGUUCCGGCAGCAGAUACCACUUAUACCGUGCCAAUGAGUCCUUGGUCGAAUUACACUUUCCGUGUGAUCGCGGUGAAUAAGAUCGGUAGGUCUUUGCCGUCACCUCAUUCGGAAGUAUGUACCACAGGCAAAGAAGUGCCGCAUAAAAACCCAGAUAACGUUGUUGGUGAAGGUGAUAAACCUGACAAUCUGGUGAUAACGUGGACACCGAUGCCUCAAAUCGAGCACAACGCUCCGGGUUUCCGGUAUAGAGUAUCGUGGAAACGGGAAAAUACAGGUCAACAAUAUGCGGCUAUCGAAAUCAACGAUUGGAGAAUAGGAAAAUAUGUCGUCUCUGGCCAGCCGUCUUUUAAACAGUACAGGAUAAAAGUAGAAGCGUUAAACGAUGAGGGCGUGGCCAACGUGGCGCCACAAGAAGUGAUCGGGUUUUCGGGUGAGAGUGAACCCACGGAGGCCCCCAAAAAUUUUACGGUGUUAAACGUCCAAGGUCCUACAAUCGCUCUCUUAAGCUGGAUCCCUGUGUCGUUGGACUCGGUUAAUGGGCAUUUCAAGGGCUACAAAAUACGCACGUGGAGUGACGAGUCUCCGAUACAAAACGAGAUUCAAGUGCAAGGCGGUAGUGCCAAAGCGUUAGUUAAUAAUUUCGUUCCAAACACUAAAAAUUACGCGCAAGUAUACGUGUAUAACGGCAAAUACAACGGACCACCUAGCGAAACUUUGAGCUUCCACACACCAGAAGGUGUGCCGGGGGAAAUGGACUACUUGGAAGCGAUACCUUUGGGUUCUUCGGCGUUUAUGUUGAAAUGGGAGAAGCCCGACAGGCCGAACGGGAAUCUUACGGGAUACAACGUCUAUUUCGCUGAAGUGGAGACUAGUAUGAAGGUUGGACGACCAAUUCCUAGAACCCCACAGAUUACGGACCCUAAUAUUACGCGUGCAAAACUUGCGGGUCUAAAACCUGGUACAAAAUAUAGGAUUUAUAUCAGUGCUACGACUCGAGCAGGCGAAUCAAAACGUUAUUUUAUCGAAAAAACCACCAAACCACCGGGCUUCCAUAAACCGUCGCCACCAAAAUUUCGUUGGGAGUUGAUUAAGGAAGACGAUAAGCCUGCGGUGAGAGUGAUUUGGGAACCAAGCGAAGAUGGCAGGCCCGGUUCACAUUUUUAUGUAAAAUACAAAAAGAAGGGAGAAACUCAGUAUUUACACACCCCGCACCAAAAAGUGAACGACACACAAGAUGUUCUCGGCCUAGAAGGUGGCGAAACGUAUGAUUUUGUAGUUACGUCAGUUGAUGGUGAUUAUGAAGCGGAUAGUGACGUUCAAGAGGUAUCGACCAACGAUGGGGUCAUUAAAAAGAAGCAACCGGUCGCUACUGCCGGAUGGUUUAUUGGGAUGAUGUUGGCGAUCGUGUUCUUGCUCCUGGUACUGAUUAUUGUUUGCAUCGUGAAAAGAAAUCGCGGUGGCAAAUAUGCCGUUCACGAAAGGGAACAAGCUAAUGGACGACACGAUUAUCCCGACGAAGGUGGAUUUCAUGAAUAUUCUCAACCGCUAGAUAAUAAAUCGCAUGGAAGAGCUUCAAUGAGUAGCGAACCAAAAGCGGGACCAGAAAGCGACACCGACUCAAUGGCUGAAUACGGAGACGGUGAUACAGAGGGUAUGAACGAAGACGGUUCAUUCAUUGGCCAAUAUGGCCGAAAAAGGGGUCAAGGUGAAACAACUUCGCAAGGUUUUGCGACAUUGGUUUGAUGUGACGUUUCACUGAAGAUGGCUCAUUUAUUGGUCAAUACGUGCCGAGUAAUAUGAAGCAGAUCGGAGCACCAACACCUGGUGCCAAUAAUAAUGCAAUGGCAACUUACGUUUAGACAAAUUAUCUUCGAACUUUAGCUUUUCAGUGUGGUGUCUUAUCUCUAACUGUCUCUCUAUGAACUUUACAUUAUUUAUAAAUGUAGUACUGCCGUUUUGGAGAAGUACGUUAUUUCGCAUUCGUCCAUUUGUUUUAAAUAGGUUGUAACAUUCGCUAAUCAAAAUAUGAAUUUAAUAUAUAUAGUAAUAUAUUUUGUUGUUCGUUGCAGUUUAAAAAUAUGACUCUCUAUUUAUUUUUAAAUUGUGAUGCUUUUGUUAGAAACGAAGCGCCGAUUUUCUUGUGUUUUUUAUUGUAUUAUACUUUAUAGUGUUUAUAAUAUUAAGUUUAAACAUUUAAACUAGGUCGGCUUAGGAUAAAACAAAUAGUUUGGGUAAGCGCAAAUGCGGAAGUCUGAAAUGAGGCUAUUCACCGGACUGUGAUCUUUUAUUUAUAAUAAACCAUUCACAUCCUAAGCCUCAUCCAUGCUUUCGAAUUGCUGGAAUAGUUCCGAGCGAUUAUUUUUUUCUUUCUUCGACUGAUUUCGAAUUUCUUUUAUGCCAUUUGUUUUCCCCUAAUGCCUCGAUUAUUAUAAGUGUAAAAAGUUAUAGGCAUAAUUUAUGCUUAGUAGGUAUAGAUUGGGUAGGUAGUUUUCGAGUUUUGUUUCGCUUAGAAUCCUUUCGAAUAAUUUUUAUACGUUUUUUGUAUUCAGACACUGCCUAACGACUUAAAAACAAAGUUGUCGUCAUAAUUCGUUACUCAAGUAUUUUUAUUUUGAAAAUUAGAAAAGUAGAUUUUUAAAUUCUGGCGACGCAAGGUUUGUAUAUUUCUGCGGUACACCUAGAAUAAACCUAGAUUUUGUUAGCUCAAGAUAAUCGUCACAUCACAAGCAGUAAAACAGUAUUUUUUAAAAUUCAAAAUUUAGAGAAAUAUUAUAUUGUACAUUUUACGCCUAGUCACUACUAAAGCGAGUAAUUUCAACUUGGCAAGUCUCCAAAAACUUUACUUAGUUACUCAGUUUUCUUUUCAACGGCAGAAAUUUAGAUGCUAAAAUAAAAUAUCCUUUUUUUGCUUUUGCUUUUUGAAUUCCUAAUUGUUCAUUGGGAUGUUUUAAGUGGCCUUCGAUAAUACCUUUAUUUGCACAUUGAAUUACCGGUUUUAGAGGUUGAUAAAAAACUCACGAUUAAGGUAAGGAAAAUAAUAUUUUUGGAACGAAAAUUUUUUUAAUUGAAAAGGAAUCCGAGGUAUGUGAAUCUGUGUCAAUUUCUUGAAAUUUAAGCUUUCUGUCAAACGGGGUGUGGUGCUAGAUAUUCAUCGUUAAAUCUUUGUUGCGUGUUUGUUGCUUGUUACUGUAUUUGCUGCAUUAUCAAUUUGUAUAGGGUGUUUGUUCUCUAUAAACCUCGAGCAACUAACCAUGUAGGAGCUAAUUCACUGUAAUGAACACCCUGUAUAAUCUGUGAGCAAAAGUAUAGAGUGGAUACCCUUCUGAUGUUUCCUUUAACAUUUUAAAUGAGUUGAGCUUUUCUACGAUACGAGUUGUUUCAAUCAUGUUAAUAUGGUUCACAGGGUAUAUUCCUAGUAGACGUGCAAUGAGAGUUCUGAACCAAACGUCCCGUUAUAGACAAAGGGGGAUUUCAAAUGAACUACUCUAUUUCUGCUACUUAUUCAAUGUAAUUCAGAUUUGGGUUUGUACAUUUGCUGACAGAUCGAAACCAAAUAGAAAUUUAAAUGAAUAUACACUUAAAUAUAUCUAUGUUCUCUGAAUUUGAGCUUUUUUAAAUUACUAGAUAGUCAGCUUUUGUAUGUGCACAGCAUAUAAAAAAAGUUUUUGUUAUAAGCAGCACUUUUUCGGCUAUCGAAAACUGUUUAACCUUUUUGGACUAUUUGCACUGCCAUUGUUAAUGAUGCUGCAAGAAGGCCAUAAGCGCUAAGCAGGGAAAGUUUAAUAAAAAUAAUGCACUGUUGGGUAUUAGGUAAGGUUCUGACGAAAAAUAUAUUUAAUCAAUUAAAAUGACAUAAUACUGCUUUACUACUAUUUCCAAAUCAAGUUAGGAUAUUUUUUUAUUAUGUACAGACGACGCGUUUUGGAAUGCGUUUGACCUGUAUUAAAUAGCAUAAUUUCUGAUGUAUUAUAAAAUGUUUCAUUUCUGGUGUAAAUUUUUUAGUUAGUAUUGGUAUGGUGCCUACAAAUCUGAUCCAUCCCAGAUACUUUAGUUUUCUUGUAUCAAUUCGCCCCACUUAGUUCGUAGAUUUUUUAUAUGAAUCCGUUCAAAGAUGUGUUUUCUUUUUUUGCUCUAAUAAACAUUCAAACUGUCCGUAA